UCACUCGUCAGUCGAGCGCCGGUCGUCGAUCCGAGCGAACCACGCAUGCGCUGUGCGCCAUUUCGAACUGUCAAAAUCGAAGAAACGUAAAUAAACAAGUGAAUAGUUUGUGCUCAAUUUAAAGUGUGUGGUACAUUGUUAACAUACUAUUUGAAAUCUAUACGUGCCAAUUAGUGCAACGAAUUUGCAAGUACUUCAAAGUGAUGUGCAGAUAAGACUGAAGAUAAAAUGAAUGCACUAACACUUUUUAUUUUAAGCAUUUCACUUUUAUGUGAUGCUAAACUACCAAGACACAGGCAGAUACAGCCGAAUGAUUUAUCGGCAAUUCAGAACCAGACAUUGCGGAUACAGACAGAGAAAAGGAACGAGAGAACGACUCGGAUAGUGAACGAAUAUAGAACGAGGCAUCGGAGGGAAUCAUUCGAUUCGAGAUCGUAUGAAUCGAGUUUAAUAUGGGCACACUCGGAAAGAUUGGAUGAGAACGGCGAUGUUUUAUUGCGAUGGGUGAAUAGUGAUUCGAGUAUCACGUUUAGACUGGAGGCGAGAACCCGUGGUUAUGUUGGCUUGGGUUUUAAUUCUGGGAGAAAUAUGCGAGGCGCUGACUUGGUUGUUGCAUGGGUGGAUGACAGGCAUGGAAAUGCUCAAUUGCUGGACUGCCACGGUCUGACCUUCGAAGAUAGAGCCGUAACUGACGAAGUGCAAAACUACGAGCUGAUAUCGGGCUAUCAAAAUGAUACUCAUACAACACUCGAGUUCAGAAGACAACUGGAUACAUGCGACAAACAAGAUUUCAUUAUUGGCGAAGACACAACUCAAAUCCUAUGGGCUCUCGGUUCAGAAGGCUCUGACGGAGAGCUUCCGAGGCAUAUGCACAGUGGAACACGACCGUUAAGGCUUUUGCAACCCUUGUCAAAACCGGACACGGUUCCACUAAAACAUUGGGAUGUUAGGAUCGCUAAUCUGACCAUACCCCACGUCAUGGCGACCCUGUUCUGGUGCAAAGUUUUCAAAGCACCCGAUCUACUAAAGAAGCAUCAUAUUGUUGGAUACCAGCCACUGAUAGACAGUAGACCGAUUCGUAACAAAAUUCCGGUCAUAGAAAAGGAUAGCUUAUCACCAGUACAUCAUAUGGUUUUGUACGAGUGCGCUGGGGAUCACGAUAAGAGAAUGUGGACUGAAUGGGCGGAGGGUGAAGGUUUCUUUGGCCCCAGUCGACCGUUUGAAUUGGCUACCUGUGUUACACCCAUUGCUGCUUGGGCUAUGGGAUCAAAAGGUGAAUUUUUGCCUGAAAACGUCGGAAUCCCACUAGGCGAGAGGGGAGGUGUCUCCUACUAUAUGUUGGAGGUUCAUUAUGAUAACCAGGCGUUACAUGAAGUACUGGAUAACUCCGGUAUUCGAAUCCACUAUACACCGCAACUCCGAGCCCACGACGCCGCCCUGCUUGGCGCCGGAAUCGGUGUUUCCGCCCUACACGUCAUUCCGCCCAAACAACGUGCCUAUAGAACUGUGGGCAUAUGCAGUCCUGAGUGUACUAAUAAUACUAUGCCCGAAGAAGGAAUAAACAUUGUUUCCGUUUUGCUGCACGCUCAUGGAACAGCUCGCAAAAUAACAUUAAAACAUAUAAGAGGAAAUGAAGAACUGCCAAAAAUCUCUGAAGAAAACGUUUACGAUGCCCGAUACCAACAAUCCCGAAUCGUUCCCGGGGGAAGAAAGUUUUACCGAAGAGAUACUUUGAUCACAGAAUGUACUUACGACAGUACAAUGAGAAAUAAACCUAUUUUAGGUGGAUAUUCAGCCACUCAGGAAAUGUGUCUAUCAUUCAUAUUAUACUACCCACGAACUCAGCUGGCUGGUUGCUACUCUAUGACGCCUGUGGUGGAAUUCUUCGAGACCUUUGGUGUGAAGGAGUUUUAUGGACUCAGCAUGAUGCAAGUGGAGAAAAUAUUUUUAUCGUCAGGAAAUGUAGAGAGCUUGCCACAAGAAAUCGAAAGUGGACUUACAGCUGUGCAGGGAGACGACCAAGGCGUUGGUUUAAUGAAAGGACUAGUCAUCAAGGAGCCUCCGGAGUUCCGCAAUAAAACCUUCAUGGCCCAUCUCAAUGAGAUGCCAUGGUCCGAGCCCCUACUGACAGAGCAGAUUGAGAAAACCCUUUACCAUGGAUGGCAUAUGACAUUUUGCAAGAAGAGAGACGACUCUUGGGGAGCGCCUAUACAAAUUCAAAACUAUCCGAACUACACGAAGCUUUCGAACAACGACGCAUCUGAAAAUUCCUGCCACUACAAAAGCAUGCGUCUGCCAUCCGUCACAACGACCGCAAGUUCAGCAUCUACUAACAGUUGGUCGGCGAUUUUAGUCUUAAGCAUUCUGAUUGUUGCUCGGUAAUCUUUGACUGUUGUUUUUUAAACCGGUUGCAUUUGUAACUUAUAGAUAAUCACCGAAGCGGUCAACUGCGAUUAUUGUGAGGAUGUUCAAUGUUUGUAUUUAUAACCCAAUUACCAAAACUUUAUCGGAAUAUUCAAGUUUAUUACAAGUACUCACCAUGCCUUUUAGAAAGCACUGCCAUGGCUUUUAAAUGAAAUUUAAUCUUAUAUAUAAAAUUCUCGUGUCGCGGUGUUUGUGGUUAAACUCCUCCGAAACGGCUUUCCCGA